AUGACCUUAGACAAAGCUCUCUGUGAACUUGGCACCAGUAUUAAUCUGAUACCGUUAUCAAUGAUGAGAAGGCUUGCCAUAGAAGAACUCAAACCUACCAGGAUGUCUUUGGUAAUGGUUGAUAGAUCAAUCAAGACACCCAAUGGAAUUGUGGAAAAUCUCUUAGUAAAGGUGGGGGAGUUUAUCUUCCCUGUGGAUUUUGUGAUUUUGGAUACAGAAGAGGAAGGGAACAAUUCAUUCAUCUUGGAAAGGCCAUUUCUAGCCACAGCUAGAGCCAUUAUUGAUGUAGAUAAGGGAGAGAUGAUCUUCAGAGUGCACAAUGAGUAA